AUGUGGAGCUUCAUCAAACCAAAGCUGAAGUCUUCAUCAGAGGAGGAUCUUUUGUCCACGGUCACUCAGCAGGAGCACCCUCUGCUGGGACAGACGUUCUUCAUGUUACAUCCCUGUAAAACAAACACCUUCAUGAGACCAGUGCUGCAGGCGGCUCAGAGAGAGAACAGAGCAGUGAACUAUGUGCUGACGUGGCUCAGCGUGGUGGGACCCCUGGUGGGUCUGGAGGUUCCUCUAGAAUACUGCUCAGGUUCUAGACCAGACCAGACCUGA